GGAGCUGCAAGGAGCCCUUCACCCCUACAGUGUCACCUUUCUCCGCCGGGCAGAGCACAGGGUCCUCGCCGCAAGAGACGUCUGAGAAAUGACGCCCAUCUGGGUCCAGCACCUCUUUGUCCUGGGUAUGCUGUUGGGAGGCAGCCACACCAGUACCAGUGCCGCAGAUUCCUGGUGCUAUGGAGACGCACAAUGCGGUCCGGCGACAUGGGUGGCUCUGGGGCAAUGUAAUGGCACCAAGCAGUCCCCGAUCAACAUCAACACCAGUGCGGCCGUCCGCGCGCCCCAGCUGGGGGCUCUGAAACUCACUGGCUAUGGAGAUGCCAAAAAGCUGAAGGACAUGCAAAACACGGGGAAGACAGUGUAUGUGCAUUUAGAGGACGGUCUCCAGCUCAGUGGCCCGGGGCUCCCAGCUACCUACACAGCCAAAUCCUUCCACCUGCACUGGGGCCAGGGGCCCGACCAGCCCGGCUCGGAGCAUCGCAUCAAUAACCAACAAUAUAACCUGAGCGUGUCCGAUGCUGCCCAGGAUCCCGAGGGAAUCGCUGUGCUGGCCUUUUUCCUCCAGGCAACAGAUAAGGCACAACCCUCCCGCUCCUGGGGUAACUUCACCCAGUGCUUGAAGAAGGUGCCUGUGGAAGGAGAGGACACGGAUGUGGACGGCUCCUUUUCCCUGCAGGAUCUGCUGGGCUCGGUGGACCUAGCCCGCUAUUACCGCUACCGGGGCUCCCUCACGACCCCCAACUGCACCGAAGCCGUGGUCUGGACGGUCUUUCCCGACCCCAUCGUGGUGCAGAAGGACGUGGUGACUGCAUUUGCCUCCACCCUCCACUCCACCGACUCAGAGAGCGGGCCCCUGCUGAAGAACAACUUCCGGCCCAUGCAGAGCCUUGGGGGCCGCCAAGUGCAGGCCUCAGCUGCCCUUGGGACUGCCCACAGCGCCUCUCCUGCCCCCCGGUCUGCAGCCCUGAUCCCCCUGCUCCUCAGCACUGCAGCACUCGCCUGGCACCUAUAGGGGCACAGGCACCAGGGGCCGGGCUCGGGGAGGAGGGGGCAUUGCUGGGAGCCAGGACGCCUGGGUUCCAUUCCUGGCUCCGCCACAGACUCCCUUUGGGACUGUGACCAAGCGCCAUCCAUGCUCUGGGCCUCAGUUUCCCCAUCUGUAAAAUUCUGCUCUAGGGUCCUGGAG